AUGAAUGGUAUAUAUUAUUCAAGUUACACUUACAUAUUGCAUGACGAUAAUUGAAUCAUAUUUAUGAAUUAAAUGAUUUAUAUAUUGAGAGCAAAAUGAUGUUACUAUAUUCUGUGAGUAGAAAUAAAAGAAAUUUUAUAUAACUAUGAAGUUUACAAAAGUUACAAUAUUAAAAUAAUUUUUAUUCAAACUAGGAUGAUCUGUAGUGAAUGAAUAUUUAAAUUACAUGUCAGUUAAAAUUAGUAUUCAUAAAUUUUUAUUUAACAUCCUGAAUACUAUAACUGCAAACAAGCUAUUUCAUUAUUAAUGUCCCGGUAUACAAUAAUUGUAAUAAAAUUCAAUAGUCCUCAUUAAUUCUUCUAUUCUCCUACUUUCUCAUUACUUUAGUUCAGACUCUUCAGAAAUUUUCUUGUUUUUGCAGUACUUUGUUUAUAAAAAGCAUGAAACAAAUAGAAUAUUCGAAUAUUUAAUCAAUCUAUUUUCAAUAGAUAUUAUUAAAAUUAUAUUUUAUUUAUAAUCCAAUCAUAUAUUACAUAUAUAUAAUAUAUACAUUGUAAUAAAAUAUAUAUAAUAAUAAAAAAAAUUUAAUAUUGUUACAGUUAAAAAAAAAAAAAUCUAUGAGUUUCCACUGGAGCUGCUAUGCAAAAUUUCAACCAGAAAAGAGAGUAAUAUAGCAAGUAUUAAUUUUUUCAUAUGGUAUGGGCAACGUUCAUUUACUGAAGAGUUAUUCAUUCAUUGGUCAGAUCAUCAUCAUUUAAUAGGAAAAUCUAGAAUGCAAAUGCAUACAUUAGCUGAGCCAAGAGAUAACAGAGAUAUAUUCCCACCAAAGGGAAAUCUUCAUACAUCAUCCUACCAAAGAUUUGGACCAGAGCCUGCCUGUACAGGAAUUACAGAAACACAAGCGAUGUUGUCUCAAAUAGAAUUAAAAGAUCUGUAUAAGCCAGUUCAUCCGCAACGCACUUUACUUCAUAUGAAGUCCCUUGCAUCAAUAGACCUCGAAGAAGAACAAGAGACAUUGACAGAUAUUAUAUACGAUGCUGAAGAAGCACGUAACAUGGAUUAUCGAACAACAACAAAAAUUCAUUAUAGAUUACCACAUCCCAUGAAACCAAAACCAUUACCGCCGCCACCAUCACCGGAACCAUGGCUCUUGAAUCGUCGUACUAUCGGAUAUAGCCUUGAACAAUUGGAGAAACGAGAUGGAAUGCACACGUUUUUAGAUGACAAUAUGGAACUUCAUAAGCAGAUAGCUGAUUUAAAGUCAAAAAGAUAUAAAUUGCAUACGUUUGAAGAAAGCAAGCCUUCUGAAGUUAUUAAUUUGUCCGAUAUAAAAGUGUGUAAAACUGAAAAUUAUAACGUAGAAAAAUAAUUAUGAAAAUAUAUUCUACCAAAUUUACUAGAAUAAAUAAUUUUAUUUUUAUUAUUAAAAUUUGUGCUGACAAUAAAUAGAAUAUUUACAUACGAUUACUUCUCUAGGAAGACGUUAUUUAGAAUAAUUAUUUAGAAAACUAGAAGAAAACAUACGGAUGUAUCAAAUAUAAUUAAUACUAAUAAUUAA